AGUUUGCAGCAGCUGUGAUUGGCUGGGCAGUGUUAGGAGAGCUGAAAAUGAGCGUUGUGGUUAGCUCAGUUUAUGCUUCCUCUCUCCAUUCCUCAACCUUCUUCCGAGGAGGAGGAAGAAAGAUGGUGGAGGAGAUGAGGAACAAGUUGAAGGAGAGGAGGAGUAGGAAAAGAGAAGGAGAUGAGGAGUAGAAAAGGAUGAGGAGAAGGAGUAGGAACGAAAAAGUAGAAAAUGAUGAGGAGGAGUAGGAAAGGAGGAGAGAAGGUGUAGAAAAGGAGGAGAAGAGAAGUAGGAAAGAAGGAGGAGGAGGAAAGGAGGAAAAGGAGUAGGAACAGAAAAGUAAGAAAGGAGAAGUAGGAAAGGAGGAGAGAAGUAGAGGAGGAGGAAAGGAGAAUGAGGACAGAAGGAGUAUGAAAGGAGGAGUAGGAAGGAAGGAGAGAAAAGUAGGAAAUGAGGAGGAGGAAAUAAGGAGGGGUAGUAAAAGUUUCUGGACGCAGCCAAUAAAGCGUCUCCAGAGCUCAGUAAUGGAGGCGGUUCCUCCCGGUUCGGUGAUUGUAGCGGACUGGUACCGGAACCCGGACAGCAGAGACUUCUUCACUAAGAUUCUCCACAAGAAGAAACGGCGGGUGUUCGGUCUCUUAGAGGCUCCAGUGAUGCCCCCUCAUUUAAAAGCAGACACUGUUCGUUACAAAGUGUUCAUCUCAGGAAAGAGUGGUGUGGGGAAGACUGCACUGGCUGCUCGACUCGCUGGACAUCAAAUUCCAAACAUGCACUAUGAAACCACAGGCAUGGAGACAUCCAUAGUGUUUUGGCCUGUGAAGCUGAAAGAGAGCAGCCGUGUGUUGUUUUUUCAAUUUCAGCUCUGGGAUUGUGGUGAAAAUGCGAUGCGUAGAUUCGACCAUAUGCUAACGUCUUGCAAGGAACAGGUUGAUGCCAUACUCUUCCUCUUCUCCUUCACUGAUCAUGGCUCUUUUAAAGACAUCUCAAAUCAGAUGUCUCGGUUCACAGAUCCUUCGGACAGGGUUGUCAGACUGGUGGUUGGUACAAAAUUUGACUUGUUUAUGCACACAGAUGUGACAGAGAGUGAGAUCAAACGCUUUCAGGAGGUGUCUCGUGUGCCAGUCUUCCGGGUGGGAGGUGAUGUGAGUGAAGGGUUUGGUGAGAUUGCACCCCUGCUAAAUGCCUUAGCAGAAAACCUGUGGCAUCAGGACUGCAUUCACGCCUCAUCUGCCUCUCUACCCCCACAGCCUCAUCCAGAAGAUACGAACCGAGAGGUUAUUGUGUAGCUGUGCAGUUUAACAUCACAGAGCACAGUGCAAGAUCUCAAAUCACAAGCUGAAGGACCUGGAGAAAGAACUUUACACAGUGUAAAGAUACACCCCUAAGGGACAGUUUCCUCAGACCGGGAUCAAGCCUAGUCGACUACACUGACUACGGGGAUUUUCAAUUUGAAGCAAAAUAUUGUCCACAACUAGGUUUAGCUUGUAAAUGUUUAUAAGUGCAACUUCUGAAUAACCAUUACUGAUUUUCAGGUUCGAGUCACUGAUGUCACGCUAGUGUAGUUGGAUAUUGUGCUUUAUUCAUUGUUAAAUUAGGGGUAAAAGACAUAUAUUCUACCAAACAAAAAUGAUUGUAUACAUUUCUUGUACAUUUUUCAACAAUAUUUUUGUUACUGUGCUUAUGGGUGGAGUAAAACUUCUUUCAGUUAAAUAUAACUAUAUAAAUAUAAAGGUGAAUAUACAAUAACAGUCAAACCUUAAA